CUUUUACAAAAGUAUUAACUGUUUUUGUUUGUUGCAGGUUCCGAUGACGUGAGCGGCGAGCAAGAGGGGUGCUAGGGUACCAUCUAGACGGUACCGGAAGCGCCAAGCCCAGACACGUCGCAAUGAAGUGCAUCCUUCAAAUCGCACUACUUAUGGCCAUAGCCGCCAUUACUGGAUCUGCUGCCUCAGUCACAUCCAAAGACAUCGUCAAGAGCUUUACGGACAAACAUGUCCAAGCAUUCAAUCACCUGGUGGUCGACAAGAAUACUGGCAGGGUUUACAUCGGGGCGGUGAACAGGCUAUACCAACUCUCACCAGACUUGGACCUGGUAGUAGAGGCCGUUACUGGACCUAAGAUGGACUCCGAGGAUUGCUCUGUCGUAGAAUGUACAACUUCUACCAAUACGAAGCUGACAGAUAACGUCAACAAAGCUUUGGUGAUCGAUUAUACUACCACCAGGCUGAUAGCUUGUGGUACGUUAUCGCAGGGAAUAUGCACCGUCAGGCCUCUGCACAACAUAUCUGAAUGGGUGCAUGAAAUUCGGGAAGCUGUGGUAGCCAAUAACGCGUCAGCUUCAACAGUAGCCUUCAUAGCACCAGGACCACCAAAUCCGCCAGUGUCUCAAGUGAUGUACGUCGGAGUUACCUUCACUCUUGGAUCACCAUACAGAUCAGAAGUACCUGCAGUAAGCAGUAGAUCUUUGGAGAAGGAGAAAAUGUUCUCGAUUGCUCAGACCGCUGUCACCACAGGUACCAGAAUGUUCGUCAACUCACUAGCUAGAGAGAGAUAUCCUAUAACCUACGUCUACGGCUUCGCUUCUGAAGGCUUCAGUUAUUUCUUGACCACCCAAAUGAAGAGUACUACCUCCAAUCAAUAUAUCAGUAAGCUUGUCAGGGUUUGUCAUGACGACGAAAAUUACUAUUCCUACACGGAGAUACCCAUAGACUGUAUCAGUGAAGCUCAAGGUGGAAGGAAAUACAAUCUGGUCCAGGCAGGUUACGUGGGCAAGGCAGGAUCGGACUUGGCUUCGGAUUUGGGCAUUACGGCCCAAGAUGAUGUACUUUUCGCGGUGUUCAGUGAAAGUGAUCCCGAUAUCGCGAGCAAACCUUCGAACUUGUCAGCACUGUGCGUGUAUUCCCUGAAAGCCAUCAGAAGGAAGUUCAUGCAGAAUAUCAAGCAUUGUUUCAGCGGUAAAGGGCAACGAGGACUCGACUUCAUAUCGCCUAGUCAUCAAUGUGUUCCAACGGGACACCUUAAACAGUUGGUAUACAAAACUCCUACUGAAAGUGAACAGGAUUUAAGGAAUAGAAUCAUUAACUCAUGUGACAUGAUAAAAAAUACGCUAGGUCGAUAUCCUCCUGAAGCCAAAGAUCUAAUCCUCCAAGCGUUUGAAGAUGAUCCCACUACAAUUACUAGGAAAGUUGCUGCUGAUCUUGGUUUGUCGCCAUGGAAGGAUUGA